GGAUUCUUUAGAAGCCGGAAUUAUUUAGCGCAGACACUUGCAGGGGAAACGUGUUCUGAGCCCUAAUAUCGAACUAUUAUACUUUACGUGUUUGUCUCAUCACGCAAACGGGUAUUAUACACAGAGACCGUUUUCAUAUCGAUUUUAUCGUGUGACUAGAUGCAGCGUUAAAUUGCUCUUCGUUGUCCUGCCAGUAAAAUUUCUCUAUUUAGGGCAGAUCUAACAACAUCACAUCAUGAAAAAGAAGCGUGCUGCAAACAGGGAAGAAACUGAGACCUCGGCUAUCGAGCACUCGCCAGGCGGAUAUGUGGUGGGCCAAGUGUCCGGUAGCUUGUUCCCCAGUAAAUCCACGUCUGACUCCAGUUCCCUGUCAGCUUUAUUCAAAACCGAACCAUCGGCAUCCAGUCUCGUCUUUAUUCCUGCACCAAAGUUGGUGUCCAAAGCUGCAGAGGUGACCUCCCUGGAUAGCACCUCUCCAAGCCAAACAUUUGAGAGUAAGAAAAAGAAAAAAGAAGGAAAGAAUAAGUCAAUUGCAGAUAAGAGAUUAGAAAGCAGGGAAAGUGCUUUGCAAAAUGCAGACGAGGACGAUGCAUCAAAAAGCAUGCCCAGGAAGACCAAACGAAAGGCUGCAGCUGUUGCAAAGAUGGGAUCUUAUGAGGAUGACGAACCGGCCGAGAAGAAGGUUGUCAGCAGGGCUGAAGAGCGUAUAAAGAACAAGAGGACUGUGUUUGUGGGGAACCUGCCCAUUAACUACACCAAGAAGAUGCUGAGCGACCUCUUCAAGGAGUUUGGGGCCAUUGAAUCCAUCAGAUUUCGCUCAGUGACACGGGAGGACCUGAAGAUGACCCGCAAGCUGGCGGCCAUACAGCGCAAGGUGACUCCCAACCAGAAAAGUAUCAACGCCUAUGUGGUGUUCAAGGCUGAGGAUAUGGCAGCAAAAGCCUUAAAGCGCAACGGCAUGGAGAUUGAGAAAGGCUUCCACGUCAGGGUCGACUUGGCCUCCAAAGCGACAUCUUUCCAUCACAAGCGGACCAUAUUUAUCGGCAACGUGCCAUAUGAUGUCACCGAGUUGUCGGUGCGGCAGCACUUUCAGGAGUGCGGAGGUGUGGAGGGCGUGCGCUUGGUGCGGGACAGGAACAGCGGCGUGGGAAAGGGCUUUGGCUACGUACUCUUUGAGAGCGCCGACGCGGUACAGUUGGCCCUGAAGCUGGACGGCUCUGAGCUUCAGGGCAGGAAGAUCCGCGUCAAGCGUUCUGUGAAGAAGGAGAAGGUGAAGAAACAGGCCCUGGGCGCUGGAUCAAAUCCAGGGGCCAGCAAGACGGGAAGGGGCCAGCACAACCCGGCCUUUAGGGGGAGAUCGGGCCAGGGCCCCGGAAGCAAGUCGACAACCCCAUUCCGGAAGAAUCCAGGGAAACCUAAAGGAGGGAAUUCUUUCAGGGGGGAAAUGGCCGUGCCUGUGAGCAGCCAGCAAAAGCAGAAGAAAGGACUUAAAAAGAAGUUCAAACCAAGAAAAGCGAAGCACGUUUCAUAGUAUAUGAUCUUUUUUUUUUUUUUAACUAAUGAAGAUGGUUGUUGGAGUGAAUAAAAUAUUUGAAAUUUC